GGAAGGAGCCGCUUCACUUGCGAGAGCUUCAGCAAACGCCAGGAUGAUUUUCUCUUCUAAACUACGCCCCAGCUUUUCCCUUCUCGGAACGUUCUUUAUGCUCCUGAAAUCAGGUAACUUUUCCACUGACUUUCAUCAUGGCAUUUGUAAAUUAAUUUAAGCUUCUUUUUCAUUGGGAGCACCCAACAUUAUAUGAUUCAACACUAUUGAAUCAUGGCUUCAUGGCGGGUAUUCUUUCCCCAACCCACCCAAGGGGCAUGUGUCUAGAAAACAGAUGAUGGAGCCAAAAACUAUUAACAUCAUGUGGGAUCUGAAGGACCACAGGCUGACUUCAGCAUCUCCACCGGGAUGUUUUCCAUUUGCAUAUCCUACCCGACUCACAACCAACCCUCACAGCUUCCUCAAAUAUAACAUCAUCUGACAAAACGUGGAGAGAUUGAGGUGCACACACUGUAUUCUUUGGAUACUGACCAUUAGGGCCAGCCCAAGACAUUUUGCUUCCUGUGGUGAAGGACACAAUGGUGCUAGCCCCUGUUCCAUGUACUAGAUUGGCAGUUGAAUCUUGCUUCAACUUUGGUGAUGGAAGAGAGUCUUUCACCCCACCUGAUUGCUGCAGGCUAACCUCAGAGAUCCAAAGCACUUGCUACCUGAGGUGGCUGUCUCCAACUGUCUAAUGGUAGGAUUGGCUUAGUUGACCAUUCCAUACGAGUCACUUUUUUAAAAAAAUGGAGAAGAGCAAAGGUGAGUAGAGAUGAUAGAUAGAUUAGAUAGAUAGAUAGAUGAUAGAUAGAUAGAUAGAUAGAUAGAUAGAUAGAUAGAUAGAUAAUUAAUAGAUAGAUGAUAGAUAUAGAUAGAUAGAUAGAUAGAUAGAUAGAUAGAUAGAUAGAUAGAUAGAGAUAUAGAUUGGUACCUUGGGUUAAGAACUUAAUUCGUUCCGUAGGUCUGUUCUUAACCUGAAACUCUUCUUAACCUGAAGCACCACUUUAGCUAAUGGGGCCUUCCGCUGCUGCCGUGCUGCUGCUGUGUGAUAUCUGUUCUCAUCCUGAAACAAAGUUCUUAACCCAAGGUACUAUUUCUGGGUUAGCGGAUUCUGUAACCUGAAGCGUCUGUAACCUGAAGUGCCUGUAACCCGAGGUACCACUGUAGAUAGAUAUAGAUGAUAGAUGAUAGAUGAUAGAUGAUAGAUGAUAGAUGAUAGAUGAUAGAUGAUAGAUGAUUGAUAGAUGAUAGAUAGAUAGAUAGAUAGAUAGAUAGAUAGAUAGAUGAUAGAUAUAGAUAGAUAGAUGAUAGAUGAUAGAUAGAUAGAUAGAUAGAUAGAUAGAUAGAUAGAUAGAUAUAGAUAGAUAGAGAUAAUGCAAGAGAAAAUUCAUCUCUCAUGCUUCCCUUUUGCAGUGGCUGUUCACAGUGACUCCGUGUCCCAAUCACAUUUUGAGAUUUUCACCACGGCAGGAGAAGAUGCUCAGUUACACUGCAUUUUCAACACAACAUCCAGCAUCCCUUACCUGUAUUGGUAUCGUCAGUUUCCCAAUCAACCUCUGGAGCAUAUCUUGUCAAAAACCAAGUUUUCACCCACAGAUGACAAGGCAGCAAAAUAUUCUGGAACCUUGAGCACAGAAAGAGGGGCAGUGGAUCUGAAGAUUCAAAAGGUUUCUCUCGAGGACAGUGCUGUGUACUACUGUGCUUUGGAGCCCACAGUGAAGCAAAAGCUCACUGUCACAUGCACAAAACUGUGA